CGAGCAGCAGAGAGGGAGAGAGAAAUCGAACGCCAACACCGUUUCUCACAGUUUCCUCUCGUUGUUCGCGCGUGCAUCAAAAAUAUUUUGCGUAAUCGCUGCGUGACUCUCAGUGGACGUGGAAACAACGAAGAACAGAACUUGAAAUCGGCAUUUUCGCUUCAGAAUUAUCCGAAAGAAAAUAAUAAUUUUAUGAUAACACCCGCGUCUCUUCUAUCGUGAUUCUGGUGGACUCGAUCGUGGAAUGCGAGGGCAGCGACAUUAUCAUCGGGGGCAUCGUGAAAGCUAAGGACUCGGUUUGAUCAUAGCUAAGAAACGCUAAGGAAUAACUGCUGAUUACUAGUGAAAAGGCAUAAUCGUACGUGACAAUAUGGAGGAAAGGCGAGUCGCGUGACGCAAGGACGCUGAAAGACGCGUUUUCGUGCUACUGUUUGGGAAAGGAGCUUGGUGGAAUUUCUAAAAGGUGGAUUUUACGAAAGGAUUUUGUCGGUUGGGAACUAUGCAACGUACGAGAGACGAACGAGGAUUCGAUAUGCGGCUCAAGGAGGCUGUCGUCUCGAUACCGCUGCAUCCUGGAGGAUUGAACAACAAUCAGUUACGUAGGAGCGACCAGAGCCAGCCGAUCGUCGAGGAGAUCGGAAAUCGUAACGGAACUUCGUCGACGACCGUAGAUACGGUCGCCAGGAGCCACCAAAUCAACACCGAAUUCGUUGUGGAAGUUGCGCAGGAUUUUCGCGUCGCCGAAGACACGACCACGUGGUCCUCGUUUGCCAUCACCCGCGAAAACGUGCAAACCAAUAGCUCGAACAACGAAACCAGCAACUUGAACAACAACCUGACAGUUCCGGGAAUCUGUAGGAACAGUUCCGUGGAGAGUUUGGCCGACUACGAAGGGCGUAACUCCUCUCACGAAGACUCGUCCCACGAGUUGACACCGUCCGAGUGGUCUGACUGGUCCGAGGAGGGAAAUUUGCCUUCAGGUUGUCGCGGUAUCGUCAACCCUAACUAUCCUGGCUUUCAACACCUGGCGCCUUCUCUUCUAUCGGACACAGAUCUGACAGAGGAUGAACACGAGAGCUGUCCCGAUUAUACAAGGUUGAACGACAUCGACACCAGACCAGCUGAGAACGACAACGAGUACAACAACAACGUUGAAGACAGCAUCAAUCAUUUGUGCGGUCAAAGAAAUGAGAGGAAGAUUUUUUAUGAGAAACCUAAGUUUAAUAUACAGACUGUAACAUCUUUGUACGAGUCGGUGGUGCCGCCAUCGGAGAAAUGUAUAAACUACGUGAAAAGCGUUGAAGACUCUAGAACGGAAGAAAAGAUCCUCACGCCGAAAUCGGAUAUCGUGAACAGCGUGGUUGAAGCGGAGACGCAUUUGACGGUGCUAGAACCGGAGGAGGCGCUUGCUAACACAGUCGCAGAGGACAUUACGGAAUUGUCGGAGGCAGUGUUGGAAAAGAAUCAGGAACGGGAGAUUCCGGUCGAGGUCGAGAUCGUCGAACUGACGACUAGCGUCAAGGAGAUCCUCCAAUUUCCGGAGAUCGAGGAAAUACCAGACUCGGGGAAGACUAGCGAGGUCGGUGAGACAGAGGAUAUCGUGGUGGAGCACAUCGACCUGAUACGCGAGGCAAAGGAGUUGCCUCACCAGGCCCGUUCCAAAAUAGGCAACCGUCAGACGGCCACGUCGAGCGGCUCCGCCGACGACGACUCGGAGAGCAAUACCGACACUGACAGUUAUCCGGAGGAGCAGCCCACCUACACGAAGCUCGAGGAGAUUGAUCUGCUCUCGAGCAUCGGCCGUGAUAUCGGGGUCGAUCUCGAGAAGUACGUGCAACCGGUACCAGACGUGGUCGCUAUGGAGGCACUGGAUCCUAUUCACUCGUCCACGCGAUCCUCUGUUCCCACGAGCAAUAUGACGAAAGACGACAUGCAAGAUACGAACAAGCUAUUGGACCGUGAUCUUCCGGAAGCAUCGGGCGCGGAUACCAAGAAGAAAGAAAAAAUGGUGAGGAAUCAAGCGAAACGCAGACAACAGCAGCAACAGCAACAGCAACAGUUGCAACAGUUAAGAGCGGCGAACCCACAGAAACGUCCGGACAAGAGAAGAGCUGAUGCGGACAAUGGACCAGGUGGCUUCGACGUCUACAAUAUCGAGACAGCGAUGCCAAAGAUCGAUCUGGAUGCGAUCGAAUCUCACCUGAGAGCUGCACGCGAAGAAGAACGACGACGGCGAAAUGAUCGCGAAGAGAUACGAAGGAGAUUGGCAAUGGGUCCAGACGCUGAAGACUUGCGCGCUGAACGCGGAAGAAAACCGAGUCUCCAGUCGCGGCUGCAAAGCGGGAUGAAUCUACAGAUCUGCUUCAUGAACGAAACACCCUCGGACACGGAGUCUCCGUGUUCAGAGAACGAUGCAUCCCCUGGAUCCACGCCGAGCCCACUGAACUCGAAGCAACAACAGAAACAACAAAUGCCAGUCAGACCUCAAGUGCUGAGCCUUCCACCUUUGAGACUGGAUAGCGGUUUGAAUUCAGCACCGAUCGACGAAGCCGACUUCUUCGCCAGACAGGCCAGAUUGCAAACCGAGGCACGGAUGGCCUUGGCACAGGCCAAAGAAAUGGCGCAUAUGCAGAUGGAAGUGGAGAGGCAAAGGCUAAAACAAAGUCCCAUCACCGAGAUGGUGCGAUCUAGCCUCGAAAAAGUUGGCGUUCAGCUGGGUGAGGAUAGGCGCAGAUUGUCUCGAGUACUUUUAACGGAGCUAAAUGUCGCGCAACUUCAAGUAGUCGCGAACGAUUUGCACGCAAGAAUCGCUGCUCUGAACGAGGCUCUGGUCGAAGGACUUUUGAGAAGAGACGACUUACACAUGGAACAAGAUUCGAUGCUCGUCGACGUCGAAGAUCUCACUCGAUAUCUCUUCUGCUGCGUUCACAUGCACAGAGGUGCCAAGCAGGAGUCACUGAAGAAAAAGCAGAACGCGAGGGAGCAGCAAACAACGAGCAGAAGUCACCAACAAGUAAACGCUGGGCAGAACAAGUCGUCGAUGAAGCCAAAGCUUACGCACCGCGGUCUAGUCUCGUUGGUAAGAAAAUAAUGCCUCGCCACGAGACUGCGUAGUCUCGUUGGCAAUUAAGCGGGAAUUAAGGAAUUACUAUUUAACUGGUACAUAGCACAACAUCUGGAGAACACGAAUACGUUAGAUUAGAUCUGCUCGAUUCGACGUUCGAGCUCUAGCUCGAGAAUCAUACCGAUCUGGACGAGAUGCGAUAUGAAUUGCGCCGCGUUCGGCGGAUAACCGAAAUUCCGAUUGCGAUUCCGAUGUCGAUGCUCGGAUUCCCUCUUUCACUUGGAAGAGCAACCAGAAAUUGUAUUACGAAAAGAAAGAGAAAUGAAUGUGUUUCGA